CGGCGACGACCGAUAACAAGCCGGCUUAUCAACCAACUUGUGAAAGAUCGUUCCAAAACAAUGUUCGCUACAGUUUGCUGUUCAGUACAAUUUGGUCUGAGAAAACGACGCUGUUUGGAACACGCGACGCUCCGUCGAAACGCUGUCGUCCCGACGCCACGGCUCCAACACACGUGUUGCAGUGCGUUUUAGUGCGUCCACAAGAAUGUCCCAUCACGUGCCACAAAAACGUGAGGACGAGGAGGAGAGCGAAACUCCUCCACCGCCCGAUGGGGGAUGGGGUUGGAUGGUCGUUUUUGGCUCGUUCAUGAUUCACGUUAUCACUGAUGGAGUUACAUAUUCGUUUGGAAUUUUCUACGACGAGUUUCUCGAAUACUUCAAGGAAGGCAAAGGACUGACAUCAUGGAUUUUAUCCAUUCUCGUAGGCGUAACAUUAUGUUCGGGUCCAAUUUCCAGUUCAUUAGUCAAUAGAUGGGGAUGUCGAGCGGUUACGAUAGCCGGGGCAGUUUUAGCCUCAGCAUCCAUGGUGAUCUCUUUCUGGGCCCAAAAUGUCCUCACCUUAUGCAUCACCAUUGGCAUAGGAACAGGCUUCGGGUUCGGCCUGAUUUACCUCCCAGCCAUCGUGAGCGUUACGAUGUACUUUGAGAAGAAACGCUCACUCGCAACGGGAAUUGCGGUCUGCGGCUCUGGAUUUGGCACGUUCAUUUUUGCUCCGAUCAUAUCCAGACUGUUGAGUGAGUUUGGCUGGCGCGGCAGUAUCUUGAUUAUCGCCGGCAUUGUCUUGGAAUGCACCCUGUUUGGAGCGUUGUUCCGACCAUUGGAGAACGACACAACGGCGCCAAAGAAAGAAGACCAUCUGUUGGUUAAAGCGUGCGACGCCAAAGUGGAUAUCCACGUUUCGGAACAUGAUUUUACCGAGUACGCGCCCAGCUACCUGAAUGGGAGCAACCAGAUGCACAGGCCUCAUAGUGUAGCUCACUUUACGCUGCCCAAGAGCUACAAGCACGAGAUGAACGGAAAUAUCCCUCAAAAUAUCAAACCGAGUGAUGUGACCAGACUGGCGCUGAGCCAACCGAUGCUGACACAAUCAGAAACUCAUUAUAGGUCUCAUCAGCAUGGUAGACAUCAUGGCCCUAUAGACAGGCCGGACAUAUUCUAUCAGGGCAGCCUAAUGAACAUUCCCUCGUACAGAUCGCGUUUAGAUCUGAAGCCCGGAGAGAUCAGUCUGGACGAUCGACGACAUUCCAGCUUCAGCUACAAGAAACAUUAUCGCUCGGCGGAUGAUGAGGAAGAGGACGCGAAACUGUGCGGUCUAAUCCCAUGCUCUCUAGAAACCAAAGACACUCUGCACGAAAUGCUCGAUUUCUCCCUAUUUAAAGACCCCACUUUCAUUCUGUUCUCCACCAGCAACUUACUGACCAGCAUCGGGUUCAGCAUACCCUACGUGUACAUCGUGCCUAAAGCCAAAGAGUUGGGGAUCGACAUUAAGACCGCAGGAAUGCUGAUUUCCAUUAUUGGCGCAGCAAACACUGUUGGCAGGAUUGUGUUGGGGUACAUUUCGGACAAGCCUUGGAUCAAUCGACUGCAGGUGUACAACUGGUGUCUUACUAUCUGUGGUGCAGCAACUUUCAUCAGUGCCUUUUGCUUCGCCUUUUACUCGCUGGCCAUCUACAGUGCAGUUUUCGGUUUCACUAUUGGAGCCUACGUGGGACUCACUUCAGUCAUUCUUGUAGAUCUGCUUGGGCUCGAAAGACUCACUAAUGCCUUCGGACUGUUGCUGCUUUUCCAAGGAAUCGCUUCUUUAGUGGGGCCACCAAUUGCAGGAAGCCUGUUCGAUCUUACCAAGUCCUACGAUCCAGGCUUUUGUUUGGCCGGCUGCACGAUCGCGUUGAGUGGUAUAAUUUUGUUUUUCAUUCCACCUCUUCAGAGAUGGCAACUGAGCAAAACCGCAAACAGUCCGAAGAAUGAAUCCAAGGAAAAUAUAUAGCAACCACUGAUUCCUCAACAUCACUUCCAAUGUUAUAAUAGUUUGUAAAUGGGAAUAGACCACUGGGAUAUGUUGAGUGAGUUCUGCUUAUAUGUUUCGGGGAGGUAAAGCUUCAUAUAUUUUUAUACAUUUAGAAAACUUGUGUGUAGUAAGAUUUCUCAAGUGUUUUAAAAAAAUCAACGUUUUGAAUAACACAUUUAAAAUUCUUUAAUGUUACUAAUUUACCUACAGGAUUAUGAACUUCAAAUCACUAAAAUAGCUUGAUUUUUACCAAUGUAAUAACUUCAAUGGGCGUCUUUAUACAUAUCCAAGAAACAAUGAGGAAGCUAAUCAUAGACAUAGAAGAGGGUGGCAGUAAAUGGGCACAACAUCCACUUCGGGUUAUUGUAUCUUUUUAGUUAGUAUUUCUUAUGUAUUAUUAUAUUGUAGUUUGUCGUAGUUAAAGUACGUUUUUCAAUAUUUCUUUCUCUUAGGUCGCUCUUCGUUAAUCCUUCUUGCACCACUUUUUCCAAUAUCUAUAACUGAUGUUGCCAAAAUACUCCAAAGCAUGUUUAUUCUUGUCGAUUAGACUAAUUUUAAUUCGCAAUAAAUCUUCCGUACUUCUCUGCCAACUUGUUUUGUAUAUAUGUAGGUGGUAACAAUAGGUUGCAAACUUUUAGAAUAAUCACGUACACUAAGGCACAAUUUUAUCAAAUUUUAUAUGUAUACUCAUGUACUAAUGGCUGUGAUAUUAUAAAAUCCGUAUAAUAUACAUUAUAGAAUAUA